UAUUAUUUGGUAAAAAUUCAAACGGAUGAAUGUGAUGUGAGAUUGUGAGUGACCUUCUCCUAACCGAAAAUAGCUACCUAGAGCUUCCACACAACAUCAGAAUUCAUUCAUAUGAAGAAAUUCAAGAAACAACCCCUUCUUCUCAGAAAGACCCCUGCCACUCUUUACACUUCUCUUCUCUUCCUCCUCAUCCUCAUCACCGCUGCCUUCAUCUCUUCCCUCUGGUCUACGCUUUCGACAACAACUAAUAUCAAACCAACAACAACAACAAAUACUGUUGCAAACCAAACCUUAGUAGCAGCAAAUGUUCCUACGAAGAAUGAAAAAAUAAAACAUAGCAAUAAGUUUCAACCAACAGUACUGAAUUGUACCAUCAAGAACCAAACAUGUUCAAGCAGUAAUUAUCCGACAACAAAAAACAACAUGGUAUGUCCGGAGUAUUUCAAAUGGAUUCAUGAGGAUCUAAAACCAUGGAAGAAAAAAGGAAUAACCAGAGAAAUGGUGGAAAAGGCAAAGAAAACGGCGCAUUUUAGGUUGGUGGUAAAAAAUGGAAAAGGGUAUUUAGAGAAAUACAAGAACAAAGAAGCUAUACAAACACGUGAUGUUUUCACCGUUUGGGGUAUUCUGCAAUUACUGAGAAAGUACCCUGGUAAAAUUCCAGACUUGGAACUCAUGUUUGAUUGCAAUGAUAAGCCUGUUGUGCCCAUUGGCUUGGACCCACCACCUGUUUUUGGUUACUGUGCUGAUCGGUGGACACAAGAUAUUGUUUUCCCUGACUGGUCCUUCUGGGGUUGGGCUGAGAUUAAUAUAAAGCCUUGGGAACAUCUUCUGAAGGAUAUAAAAAAGGGGAACAAAAGGGUUAAAUGGAAAGACAGAGAACCUUAUGCUUAUUGGAAAGGAAAUCCGUAUACUGCCGCAACACGACUAGACUUCCUCAAUUGUAAUGUUUCAACCGCACAGGAUUGGAAUCUUCGUUUAUUUACGCAGGAUUGGAUUAAAGAGUCUGAACAAGGAUUCAAUCACUCAAACUUGGCAGACCAAUGUACAUAUAGAUACAAAGUUUAUAUUGAAGGAUACGCGUGGUCUGUGAGUGAGAAAUACAUUCUAGCCUGUGAUUCCCCUGCACUAUUAGUGAAGCCUCGUUACUACGAUUUCUUCACACGAAGCCUACAGCCAUUGCAACAUUAUUGGCCUAUAAGGGACACUGACAAAUGCAAAUCCAUCAAACAUGCAGUUGAUUGGGGAAAUAAUCAUGAGCAAAAAGCACAGGAAAUUGGUAAAGCUGGGAGCAAGUUUAUUCAAGAAGAGCUCAACAUGAAUUACAUUUAUGACUAUAUGUUCCAUUUGCUAAAUGAAUAUUCCAAGCUUCUCAAGUUUGAGCCAAGAGUUCCUGAAGAAGCCGUGGAGCUGUGCUCGGAGACUAUGGCUUGCACAAGAUCAUAUUCGAUGGAGAAGGAAUUUAUGGGUGAAUCAAUGGUUAGGGAACCUUCUACAAAAGAUCCUUGCUCCUUGCCUCCUCCAUUUGAUCCCACAUCACUUAGGAUUUUCUAUGCAACGAAACAAAAUUUAAUCAACCGAGUUGAGAGAUGGGAAGAUGAGUAUUGGAAAAGUUACCAAUGAUCAAAUACAUACACACAUUUGAAUUGAUUAGCAAUUAGCAAUAUAAAUAGUAAGCUGGUAACAAAAAGUGCACUUGUCCUUCUUGUUCCUCAUCCUUUGAGUUAUUGAUUGAAAUACAAAAUCUAAAAAAAAUAUUUAAGUGCUGACUUAGGAUGCAUACUUUGUAAGAGAUCGAGUAUCUAGAUGACUAGAUAGCAUUUAUCAAUUUUUAUUUCAUGAUGUUUCAUCGAGAUUCUUAAAUGCAUAUGUAAAAUGGUCUUGCACCAUGCACAAACGUCUUUUUUACUAUUGGAUCAAUAAGUUGCAUCAUAUUUCAUUUAAUCUAAUGGUGAGAUUUAUUGAUCCAAUGAUGAAAACUAACUUGUGUAUGAUGAUAAGAUUUGUCACACUCUGUUGUGUACCGUAAAAUUGUUCAUUUAUAAAAUUACAUAGCACUUUAUUUGUAGAGAAA